GAAAGAAACCCACCAAAUUUGUGCCUUGUGCGGUUGUGCCCUUGUCUAUUACUUCUUAAGAUGUGACACUUGGGUUAUAUCUUCACUUCAUUUGAUCAAUCAACUUUCCCCUUUACUAAAUGCCAUUUUUCCCUUCUUCAUCUCCAAUCUCUCUCACUCUCAAACGCAAAAUCCAAUGGUUUUCAAACAAAACUAUCAUAAUCUUCCCCUUUCACUAUUCCUAGUAAUUCUACUUGCUUACUCUUCAAUAUCCAAAACCAUCAUUACUAACUCUUCUCAAUCCCCAAUCAUAAUUCAACCAUACAUUAUUGUUUACCCAAACGGCACCGUAUUAAGGUACUAUAAUGAACCUCCUUCAUUUGUCCCCCCACCAAUUGAUUCUCAAGUGCAAUCCAAAGAUAUUAGUAUCUCCACUUCUAAAUCCCAUACUCUUCGGGGGCGGGUUUUCAUGCCAGCUAAGCCCGACCCGGCCCGGAAGAUGCCUAUACUAAUCUACUUUCAUGGUGGUGCGUUUUGUAUUGGGUCUCCUUUUACUUGGGGAGACUCUCAUUUUGUGGGUCGGGUUGCGGCUGAAGCCCGGGUUGUUGCUGUUGCUGUGGACUACCGUCUUUAUCCGGAGUUUACGAUUCCGGCUCCGUAUAAUGAUGCAUUGGCAGCUCUUGAGUGGGUAUCGGCCCAUGAUACAGGUUCAGGUCCGGGUCCGGGCCAUGAUCCGUGGGUGAUGAAGUAUGGGGAUGUAAAACGGGUCUUUGUAGGAGGAGAUAGUGCGGGGGGCAACAUAGCUCAUAAUUUAGCAAUCCGGGCCGGGAUGGGUUCAGGUCCACGUUUUAUGGGCUUAUUCUUAGCCAUGCCGUACUUUCUCGGGUCCAAGCGGGUCCCACUUGAGCCUAAAUACAUCCCCUAUUCACCUAACUAUAAAGUAUGGCCGUAUGUAUGCCACAAUUGUACGGGUGGGGUGGACAACCCGUAUAUGAACCCGUUUAUUGAUGGAGCGCCGAAAUUGGCCCACUUAGGAUGUAAGAAGUUGUUGGUUUACACCGCGGAAAUAGAUGAGCUACGGGGCCGUGGGAUAUGGUACUAUAAGGAGGUUAAGGCAAGCGGGUGGGCGGGCUUAGCCCGUUGGAUCGAGGCCCAAGGAAAAUCCCAUAUAUUUCACAUAUCACUACCAGAUGAUCCGGCAACAACAAAAUUGAUUCAAGAUUUGUCUUCAUUCAUCAAUAAUUAAAGUUUUUGUCUUAGAGAUCAAAUUUUGUACUUUAAAAUUUUAAAAUCUUUACUUUGGGGGUAUGUUAACGACAAAGAUUAAGUGUAGAUCCCCAAAUUAAGGGGUACAUGUGUCAAUUUUAUUAAGUGUAGAUCCCAUCCCCACUUGUUUAGUGUAGUAAAAGUUGUACGAGUAAAAACACCAUACUUCAAGGAUAUAAUUAUGUGUGCUUAGGAGAAAGGUUUUACUACAUUGUAACGUUUUUGUUUGAAAUUUAAAAUAAAUUUGAUAUACAAACAUAAAAAA